AUGGAAGGCGAUAUUUCAGACAUGAACAGACCGCAAAUGUAUUUAUUUGGUUGUACCCUCAAAUCGGACAAACGUGAGUACAAAGUUGACGUCAACGACGAUGAAACGGAGCAACAGCUGUCCCUUAAAGCGGCCUGCCUGGGAGCAGAGGCUGAAGACAAAUUCCACAUGGUGGAGGUGGAGGCCCUGACUUAUGAUGGAAAGGCCACCAAAGUACCACUGGUUAUGCUGAAGCCAUCUGUCCUGCCUUCGAUGGGUUUAGGCGGAUUUGAGAUCACGCCGCCAGUAACUUUGCGUCUUCUGUCAGGUUCCGGACCAGUGCACAUUAGCGGACAGCAUUUUGUCAGUGUGAAAGAUUCAGACAACGAAGAGGAAGAACACAACUCAUCGCCGGUGAAGCGUCCAGCUGGUCAGAUGAUGGGGAAAAAGUCCUCACUGAAAAAGCUCAAGAUGGACUCCGAGGAAGACAGCGAUGAGGAUGAUGACGAUGACGAUGAUGAUGAAGAUGAUGACAGUGAUGAAAAUGAAGCCACGCCCCAGAAGAGCACAAAAAAGGGCCCAGAAAUGUCGAAGAAGGCCAGCAAGCUGAAACAAAAUGGCCCUGCACCGAAAGCGUCAGGAUCGGGGGUUAAACCACAGAUCAAGACACCUGUUCCAGGAAAAGACAAAGCCCAGACCGGCCCGUCUAAAUCUCUGUCUUUGGCUGAGAUAAAGAGCAAGUUGUCGGCAUCAGCUAAAGAGGGGAAGCCGAUGCCCAAGACGGAGCAGAAGUUUGAGAACUAUGUCAAGAGUUCCUUUAAAAUUGCAGACAAACAAGUAAUGGGCCUGGUCCAUGUUGAGGCGGAAUGGGAGUACACCUGCCUCUUUCCCAGUGAUUUAGUGGAGUAUGUGUCUUUUGUAGCCUUAAUGAAGGGACUGCUGGUGGUCAAGGACCUGUGGGGUUUUGUGAAGACGCUGAAGAUGGAGCAGAAGUAG